AGAUCAGCAGAAGUUAAGUGACUAAUGUUUCGUAUCGUCUAAGAGAACAAGUGCCCGAGUCAUACCCAACUAUUUGGAAGUCACCAUACAAGCCCACCAUGUCUGACAGACUCAGUUCUCUCCCCCUGGAGAUAGUCCUUCAGAUUCUUUCGUACCUGCCUUUUGAGUCAGUGCUGGCUUUUGGGGAGACGUGUCACACCAAUCACCGAUCGCACAUUCUCUGCCUCCGAUGUCUACGACUGGGGGUCUUCGAGAAGCGAACCCAUUCCAUAAUAUCUUGUCUCCAGGCGGGCUGGAUCAAGGCAGAUCAAGUGGGGGAAGAACUGGGGGAAGCCUUUCCCGUCGAAAGGGAGGUCGGCUCUGAUUACACUAUCUCCAUUAUCCGGCCGAAAGUCAAGUCUAUAAAACAGACGCUGCCUUCUAAACUUCUAAGCAAGACGAAGGGCGCAAAACUCCGAUGUCCGAGGGAUCCAUCGAUGAUGCAGGAACACAUAGUUCGAACCCAGAACCGAAUCUUCUCUAGAGUAGUGAAUCGGUACGGGCCAUCACUCGUAAAGCUCGAGUUCAUGGCGUACGAUAUCGACAUCGAGAGCGCAAUGGCACUAGGUACCAGAUGCCAGUAUGGGUUGCGUCACCUGGCGCUUCGCUUUGAACAUCAGCACAUCAGAGAUGGCCAUAUCAAGCCGAGUACCUGGCGGUAUCCGGCUCCAUGCAGCAUUGCGUGGAACCUUCUCAUUGGAAUAGGACAGUACAAGCAUAUCGGUGUUUCCGGGUUGCAGACCUUGAUACUGGAGCGCACCGGCAUUACACCGUGGCAGUUGACGAUGCUCGUGAAGAAAAACCCUAAUCUUACAGUGUUGAAAUUGAAAACCUGCCAUGGUGCACAGCCAGAUUUCUUGAAUUGGUUGGGAGGCAUUGAACAAGAUCCGGACGACCCGGCAGAAACAGAUAACGGCUAUGCCCCGGGGGAUAGACUUGAGGUUCUCUGGUUGGAGAACUGCCACGAGAUUCUCACACAUCCUGUUGAUGACUAUGAGGACUUUGCAGACGAAGCUUGUGAUAGUGGCCUUGAAUGGGUGAGAGGCUUGAGGAAUCUGAAAUCCCUCUCCUUCAGCAAAUGCAUGAAUAUUCCGUCUGAGUAUGUUGAACGGGCAAACAAAUUAAUCUGGAAAAUCCCUGAUAUUACGUUGCCGUUCUAUAACUAUGAAGAAGAUACCCCUAUCGAGGUUGAUCCUACCUUUCUGUAGUUUUCUACUUGCCUGUCUGAUUCUGGCAUUUACGACGUGAUGAUGUCUCAUUUUGUAUUUGUUCCUUCCCUCAUUCAAUCACACAUACCCACUUCUUCCUAAGCAUUUCUCUCCCGGAGUCGUUGCAUUCAUGGUCACCCAGAACCACGGCGUUUCAUUCAGCAACAGCAUGGCUUUUGACGAUUGACAGAUAGAACCGUUCUUAUCUUUACCCUAAUGUAAUCAAUACUUGAUAUGUCUUUUCGUAUAUGUCACUAUUAUCGUCUCACUCUAUGGAAUAAACUUCAGU